CGGAACUCCAAUUCUUCUAUUUUUACCCCUUCCUUUCCCAACCAUCAAAUUCCCAAAAUUUGCAGAUAGCUAAACAUCAAACCCAAUACCGGAAAAGUUUUCGUCUAUUGCUUCUCCUGAUUGGGAUUUCUCAGGUCCAUCGCUUCUGCAGAAUAAAGAAAACUAAGUUCAAAUCUUUGGCUCGGAUUCUGUUGUGGGAUCGUGAAAAAUGUUCGGUUUCCUGAAAUCAAAUCAGGCGGCAAAUGGCGACGCGGCGGCAAAGCAAGAGCCUCCGCCGAAGAGAACGGCUUCGGAGCCCGUGUUGAUGAAUGUCCCAGACGAGGACUCCGACGACGAGCAGCAAUGGCGGAAGAAGCCUUCGGCGGCGGCCAAGAAGAAGUACGAGAAUGGGUUCAAGGAUUCAGGAGGGCUGGAGAACCAGAGCGUUCAAGAGCUGGAGAGUUACGCAGUGUACAAAGCUGAGGAUACAACGAAUUCUGUAAAUAACUGUCUUAGGAUCGCAGAGGACAUUCGAUCGGAUGCCUCCAAGACUCUUGAUAUGUUGCAUGCUCAAGGUGACCAAAUUCAACGAACCCACGAAAUGGCUGUCGACAUGGACAAAGAUUUGGGCAAGGGUGAGAAACUUUUAAACAGUCUUGGUGGGAUGUUCUCCAAGCCAUGGAAGCCAAAGAAAACCAAGGAGAUCACUGGCCCUGUGAUCACAGAAGAUAAAACAUCAAGGAAGAAUGCAAACCACAGAGCACAAAGAGAGAAGCUGGGGAUAGGGAACAAACCAGGAGCCAAAUCAGCACCUGUAACCCCUCCUCCUGAGCCAUCAAAUGCCAUGCAGAAAAUUGAGAUGGAGAAGAAAAAGCAAGAUGAUGGACUUUCAGAUUUGAGCGAUAUCUUGGGUGAUUUGAAAGGCAUGGCAGUUGACAUGGGUUCUGAACUUGACAGGCAAAAUAAAGCGUUGGAUCAUCUUGGUGAUGAUGUUGAUGAGCUCAAUUCUCGAGUCAAAGGAGCAAACCAACGUGCCCGUCAUUUGCUUUCCAAAUAAGACCAGAUUCUACUGCUAAAACCAUCAUUCAGCUUCUAGCAGCCUCUCCCAAAUUGGGCAAAUUUGCCUUCGUUAUUUUUUGUAUUUGUUCUGUCAAUUCUUCCUUCCAGAAAGUGUGUAUAUGCAUGUAUAUAGUUUGAUCCUCUCUUACAAGAUGGCAAUGUACUAAAAUUUCUUUCUUUCAUCAGCUCUUUCUCUUCCCAUGAAUGACUAUACAAUGGUACUAUACAUGAAGAACUGGUACAUGAAACAACAAUGAUAGUGCAACCCUUCUGUUAUGGAUGUAACAAUAUACAGAAAUCCUUCGUCCUCCCCCUUUAUUCUAUAGGAGAAGAGAGCAAGUAAGAUAAUAAAAUCAAUACCCAGGA